AUGGGAAAUUCAGAUAAAACGCAGACCGAGAAAACAAACGAUCCGAACUCAUCGGAAACAAAAUGCCCCUACCAGAAUAGUGCCAACUCUCCGAGACAAAAUAGUUCAGCCUCUUCAGGACAAAAUAGUUCAGCCUCUUCAGUAACCGACCCCAGAGGAACAAAUAGUACGCAGCACACUGAUAAAAAAGCUUUCACGGACUUCCAAGCUACUGAUGAGAUAGUACUAAAAUACGACUUCACGGAUUCCAGGAAACAUACUACAUACAAAGCAGCGACCAUGUUGCAUGGUCUAGAAUUCGUAGAACGGGUUAUAGUCGUACGACGAACGAAAAGCAAUGUCAGACACCACCAAGUCUUCUGGGCCUAUCUCUCUCUCAGCUCGACCAUCGACAGGGAAAACUUGGACACGUUCGACCUCUGGAAUGUUACACCCACUGAAGUCAAACCAGAGGAUGUAUUAGAUAACGUGGAGGACGAUGAGAACGACAACUCGGCGCCAAAUAAUUCUCCUAACCAAGUAAGUACCCAAAGCACCAAAAAGAGUUCUGACACAGACGUAGAACUAAACACAAUCGCCUGUAUUAUAGGAGAGCAACUCGAACCUGUCGAUUUCUCUUCUAAAUCCAAGCAAAUGAGAGCUUUGCUUAUAACCAAUACGACUGGUUCGUCUUCCGUUGAAGCAAAAGACACCCGUAGAAGUUGCACUCGAACAUGUUCUCAUAAAAAGGAUACUAGGUUGGAACAAAAGGAGGCUGAUAACGAUACCAUCUUUAUUAUCAUAAGUCCUGUGUACGCUGAUAUUUUCUCGACGAGUAGCACAUGUUAA